GGGGCUGCCGUGCACCCGGCGGAGGUGUCAGCCUGUCGCAGCGGUUGGGGUUUGACAUUAAGAAGAGCGCGUCCACGCUGCAGCGGGGAGAUCCGUCGCGUUUGGAAGGCACCGAUCCUCGGAUUGAAGCGGCUCCAGGCAGACACUCAUCGGACCGAGGAUACAUGGAGACACUGUGCCGUCGGAAUUAAACUUGUCACCCGGUGCGAGGGAUCUCUGGGUGUAAUGGGGAACACGACACCCAAACCUUUGACAGACGCCACUCAGCAACCCCGUCCGGUGGCCAGCAGGCAGUACUACAAUCCUCCCAACAAUGGGGCCGGCGUGGAGAGAAGGACGUCCGCUUCUCCGGUCAGCGUCAACGUGGAGUCGCCUCGAUUUCACCCCCACGCCAAGGGCAAGAACAUCAGGCUGGACGGGCAGCUUCGCCGCGCCACGCGCAAGAACAGCUUCUGCAACGGCAUCACUUUCAGCCACAGGCCCGUCCACCUCUACGAGAAGGUGCGUCUUCGCCUGAGCGGUGUGCACACAGGCUGGAGCGGAGCCCUGCGCUUUGGCUUCACCAGUUUGGACCCGGGCAAAUUGGCGCCCACAGACAUCCCCAAGUACGCCUGCCCGGACCUGGUGACGCGGCCCGGCUACUGGGCCAAGGCUCUGCCCGAGAGACUGGCCUUGAGGGACAACGUGUUGUCCUUCUGGGCCGAUCGCCAUGGAAGAGUUUUCUACAGCAUCAACGAAGGAGAGCCCAUCCUCUUCCACUGUGGGCUCAGCAUCGGCUGCCACCUCUGGGCCAUCAUAGACAUCUACGGCAUCACUCAGGAGGUCACGCUGCUUGAAAGCACGUUUGCUGAGAGUGUGGGAUCCAGCUGCCUGAGUGCGGCCCGCCUGAGCGCCUAUCUGCCCCAGAGCAGCCACGACUCGGCCAAUUACAGCAACAAUCAGCUGGAGAACAACCAGGCCGCUGCCGCCAAGAUGGCCAACCUCCAGAUCAAUAACUGCACGCAGCUCAUCCCCUGCUGCUCGUCCACCUCGUCCUCCUCCUCCUCCUCCGCGCUCUCCUCGUCCGCCUCCACCGAAUUCGGCACCCCGAGGGCGGCCCGGGGCCUUCCUUGCCCGCUAGACAACGACUUGCACUUCCACCCCGUCCGUGGAUCCGACGUGAUACUCUCCGCGGACCGCUCGGCCGCCUGCAUCCACUUCCUGGACAGCAGCCGGACUCUGGUGUUCAGCGACCGGCCGCUGCACGUAGGGGAGACUCUGUACGUGGAAGUCGGCCACCUGGGGCUGCCCUACUUCGGGGCGCUGUCGUUCGGUUUGACCUCCUGCGACCCGGCUGGUCUACACGCCGGGGACUUGCCGGCGGACCCCGAGGUGCUCCUGGACCGCAAGGAGUAUUGGGUGGUGCACCGCGGCUUCCCCGUGCCUUGCUCCGGGGACGUGCUGAGCUUCAGCCUGCUGCCCAGCGGAGAGGUGCACCACGGGGUGAACGGAGCGGGGCGCGGCAGGCUGCUCUGCGUGGACUCCUCUCAGGUCCUGUGGACCUUUUUCACCCUGCACGGGGCUGUCAACAGACUCAGGAUACUUGGGACCGUGCAGUCCGGUCCUCCCUCCUCAUCUCCCAGCACUUCUCAGAGCAGCAGCCCGGACGACAGCGACUCAGACCUGGCGUUCAGCGUCAACCGGUCCUCCUCCGCCUCCGAGUCCUCUCUGGUGACGGCUCCCAGCUCCCCCCUCAGCCUCCCAGUCUCUCCCACUCUCACCGCCUCAGAACUGCCCUCUGCUGGAAAAAACGGAGAAUGCACCAUUUGCUUCGACCAGGACGUGGACACGGUCAUCUACACCUGUGGACACAUGUGCCUGUGCAAUGACUGUGGGCUUAAGCUGAAGAGACAGAUCCACGCGUGCUGUCCAAUAUGCAGGAGGCCAAUCAAAGAUGUCAUCAAAACGUAUCGGCCCUGAUGGUGCCGAUGUUUAGCACCAACGGUUGAGGUGACUUUCCCUGCCGGAUGCCACCUGUGUCCCCUCGUCAGGCUCGGGUUGGACACGGGCCUCGGUCGCAAUCAGAGAUUAGCCACACAAGGACAUCAUUGUGCCUAUAUUUCCAUUUUAAGGCUGGAUCGUUUCACACACAGAUUAAGAUGGGGCUCAUCUUACUACGUGGACUGCUGCAGGAGCUCCUUUGGUGGGUCUGGAGAAGAAGACACGUCUCAUGUGUUCCUGUUUUGUAUUUUCAAUGUGAUAUAGCGCCACAUGUAUUUGCUAAAAUCCUGCUGUCAAUAUUUUGCGCUAUUAUCCUAGAUGUAUAAGUAUGUGUGCUUCAGCAGGAUAUGUGGACCGUAGUCUAUGACUUCUAGUGCCUUAGAUUUGUGUCACAUGGUGACAUGUACUUAUGCUAACAAUCCUAGCCAUAAUUUCAAUGUACAGUAAUGAACGCUUGUGGUUAAAAAGACACAUGGAUAGAGAGUUUAUGCAAUAAAAGGUGUGCUGAUAAGUGGAAAGAUGUAAGUGUAUGCUAAGUGUAUUGUGUGGCUUGCUUUAAGAAAAGUAUGUUUGGAAAACACCUAAAUAAAGUAUCUAGAUUUCCACUUUGAGAGAUUAAUGAGUAAAUAUGAUUCAAAUGGGUGUAGUUGCGGUAAUAACACUUCAUUUUCUAAUAUUCUAAUAUACGAUGGAAGUUAGAGGCACGUAGGGGUCAGGUCGCCGGUUGCAAAUGACUGAAUACACCUGCGUUUACCGCUUCUUUCCCAAAAGUGAUCCUUCAGCUGACGUAACAGCUGUGUUUGGUUUGUCGCUCUGCAACUACGGAGACACAGUGCAACACGAUGCAACAUGACGUAUAUGGCACUUGUUAGCUGUACUUCAUUAGGUACUAAAUUAAAGUUAAAAAGCUGUGUCUCUGACACCGAAUGUCUUUCCAAUGCCGCUUCAGCACGAUGAGCUGCUGAGAAGUUUAAAUCUUUUGUCAAUAAAUACACACUCAGUCAGUUUUGUCAAACCUCUGGAAGGUUUUGUUAUAAAUCGAAAUAACUGAUGUGGACCAUAAGUAGCAGUCACACUAUUGUGCCGGUUGUGAUGCUAACUAAGCUAAUACAUUAUAAGUAAUAUAAUUAGUACCUCCUCGAUUACUUUUAGUGGCACAAUAUGAAAAGAGUCAUGGAGAGCAUGUGUAGUUAAAGUAAUUUCCUUCACUAUCAAGCAGUUGGCAACAUAAAGCAUAAUGAAAUCAAGAUGCUUUCUUCGAAAGUACAAACAUUUAUAUUUUUCCAGCAGCCUUUUGUGUCUGCUUAGGUAUUUUCCGGAUCGUACAUGGUGUUUGCUGACAUCCCGGGAGGAGGACAUCUUUGCCUGCGGGGAAACGUUUAAAUCCACAAAGUGGGCCCAGCUUUUCAGAGAUUGAACGACCAACAGGCCCCCAGUGUUUUCAUAGCUAGUGUGUUUAUGUCUGCACUUCCUUAAGACCUGUCACUUCCUACUGAGACGCAAAACCCGUCCCUUAGGCUUAGAGUAAAGUUGUUUUUCCUUUUGCAUCAUUCGUUCAUCGUUACUCUGGUAUAAUAUUAAGAUAUCCCGUCUUGUCACUUCCUGUCCUGCUGCAUUGAUUAUCAACACCUGCCUUUAGUUACUCCCCUCCCCCUGAUUUUGCCAUGAGUCUGCCCUGGUAUUCUCCUUGUUACAUGAUUUGGGGUUUUGUGUACAUUGUGGCUCCGUAAGUCAGCCUUUCUGCAGACUUUACCUCAGGCAUUUACCCCCGAGGCUGAAAGAUCACAUUUUACUGAAGCAAAAUUGUCCAAAAUUAAGUUAAAAAAAUAAAAUUGACCUUGAAAAAGGCACGUGGGGGUUCAGCCUGGGCCAUUUCAGAUGGAACAUAACAACUAAUGAAAUCUGAAGACGGUGUGGAUUUUAUAUAACAGAGAUGUAUUGAUGAAACAUGUCAUUCUGUUGAUGAAGAACAAACGAGGAGUCUCAUCUUAUAAGGAAAGAGUCUGGAAGACGUUCAGAUCAAAAAAUAAAUAAAUAAAUUGUACCUGACACUGUUAUGGUGAUGUCUUAGAGCAAAGGGCUGUCGCAUUCCUAUUUACAACGUUUGCAGCCAUCACAGACUCUCGCACCCAUUUACCACGGGACGUCUGUAAGUCCCUGAGGAUUUAGGAUUGAAGGCCGUAGGGAGGACAUUUGGAUUGGGCCCUUUGGGGGGGGCGGUUGUAUAUUAAGUUUGCACUGACCCUUUGUAUGACAGCCUUUCAGCAAAAGCAAUGCCUUUUUUAAACCUCACUUGUGUGCUGUCUGCUGAACCGUUAACAACAACAAAUGAAUCCGAAUACAAGGUGUCACAUCUUUUUUGUAUCCUUAAAACCGUUUUUUUUAAUUGAAAAAUCCUCUAUAUCUUACAAAAAAAAGUAAUUUGACAAAAUGUAAUAUGUAAUAAAAUUGAAUUUCUUCUUAUAUCA